AGGCUUGGACCUAAAGCUGCUUUCUUGAACAGGAAAGUCAUUAAGCCUGGCUUUACAUCAUUGAGUGGGAAGAACAGCAGCCCAUCUAAUACAUUCUAGUAUGCAAUAGACUGCAGCCUGUCGGGUACUCUUGGCAAUAGACUCUAAAGCUAAAGGGAGGGGGAUAAACACAUUUAUACAGGAGAUCAUCAACAUGCCAAUCCAGUGAAACUGAAAGCUGGUUAGUUUUCAAGGUCUGUGGGAAGAUAUCCACUGCUCACUGGGUCCUGAGUGCUUUACUAAAGAACUUAUAACCUUACCCACCACCUUUGUUCACAGCUCAAUGGAGUUUGUGACAGCCCUAGAGGACCUCCAAACAGGGGCUAGCUGUCCCAUCUGUCUGGACUACUUGAAAGACCCAGUGACCAUCAACUGUGGGCAUAACUUCUGUCUCUCUUGCAUCAGUAUCUCCUGGAAGGAUCUAAACGAUACUUUCCCCUGCCCCUUUUGCCGUCAUUGCUUUCCAGAAAGGAAGUUCACAAGCAAUCCCCAGCUGGGCAAUUUGAUUGAAAUUGCUAAGCUACUACAGGUAAGAAGAAGCAAGAGGAAGAGGAAAGAAGAGAAGCUUAUAUGUGAAAAGCAUAAUCAGGUUUUGACCUUUUUCUGCCAGAAGGACCUAGAAGUUUUAUGUCCACAGUGUAGUUUCUCCACUGAUCACCGGAAUCACUACAUUUGGCCCAUAGAGAAGGCUGCUCCUCAUCAUAGGAAAAGAUUAGAGAAUUGCAUUGAACCAUGGAAGGAGAGAAUUGAACAAGUGGAAAAGGUGAUAAUGAUGCAAACCAGAAAAUCAUUGGAACUGAAGAAGAAGGUAGAAUAUAGGAGGGAAGAAAUAAAGUCUGAAUUUGAGCAACUUUUGUUGUUUCUCAAAAAUGAGCAAGAGACCGUUCUUCGGCAAUUACAAGAUGACGAAGUGGACAUUUUAACAAAACUAAAUGAAAACCUGACAACAUUUUCAAAUCAUCUUUCCACAUUAAAAUAUCUACUAAAGGAGAUUGAGGGCAAAUACAUGAAGUCAGGGCUGGAAUUUCUAACAGAUGUUAAAAGUAUCUACCAUAGAUAUAAAACCUUAAAGUCCCCUGAACCUUUUUCAUUCCAAUUAAAGGAAUAUGGUUACCAUCUUCCUCCACAAUAUUCUGGCCUAAAUAAAAUUAUCAAGGGAUUUCAAGUAGAUCUAAUUCUAGAUCCUGAAACAGCACAUCGUAAGCUUAUUAUCUCGGAAGAUAGAAAAACUGUGCGAUAUGGAAAUAAGAUGCAUAGCUUACCUCAUAACCCAAGGAGGUUUUAUCUCUGCCCGGCUGUUCUGGGUUCUGGGGGCUACAAUUCUGGCAGGCAGUAUUGGGAGGUGGAUGUGAAAGACAAGCCUGAAUGGAUUGUUGGUGUCUGCAGAGACUCUCUUCCCAGAAGGAGAAAGAAUCAGAAUCAACCAAUUUUAGUGCAGGAUGGGUUAUGGGGUAUUGGGCGAUGUAGUCAGAGUAAUUAUAUUGCGUUGGGUCCUAAAAAAAUUAAUCUGCUGCCAAAAGUAAUACCCAGCAAGAUUGGCAUUUUUUUAGACUGUGAAUUGUGUGAGAUUUCUUUUUACAACUUGAGUGAUAGAUCUCUUCUCUAUAUUUUUAACUAUUAUUGUACAGAAACACUCUGGCCUUAUUUCUACACUGGAACUGACUCAAAACCUCUUAAAAUCUGUACAGUAACAGAUUCUGAAUGA